AUGCUGGGAUUUAGGAGGGAUGGCAAUAGAGAUGCCUAUUCUCAAGGUAGCCUAGCUGAACCUUCUAGUCCUGAAUGGUUGGAGUGGAAGAAUUUAACCACUAUGGCGUGGGGAUCUUGCAAUGAAGGGCUUCUUGAAAAAGAUACAGAAGAUGAAAAACAGGAGUUAAAUCUGGUAGAAAAGGAACUUGUGGAUGCUCUAAUGUGGUUCAAGACUAGCUAA